CAGAGGCAGGCGACAACCACAACUAGGGGAAAGGAGAGGUGGUGGUGGUGGGAUGGCAGCGCCAGCGGCGGAGGGGGCGGCUGCGGUGGCGCUGCGGGCAGUGCUGGCGCGUGCGGGGAGGGCGGCGGAGCGGUCGGGGCGCGCAGCGGAGGCGGCGCGGGUGGUGGCGGUUGGGAAGACCAAGCCCAUGUCGAUGCUGCGGCAGCUCUACGACGCCGGGCAUCGCUGCUUCGGCGAGAACUACGUCCAGGAAAUCAUCACCAAGGCCCCGCAGCUUCCGGAAGAUGUCAGGUGGCAUUUCAUUGGGCAUUUGCAGAGCAACAAAGUGAAACCACUAUUAACUGCUGUCCCAAAUCUUGAUAUGGUUGAGGGUGUAGAUAAUGAAAAGAUUGCUAAUCACCUUGACCGUGCUGUAAAUAACUUAGGAAGGGAGCCCUUGAAAGUUUUGGUUCAAGUGAACACUAGUGGAGAAGAAUCAAAAUCUGGCAUUGAUCCCUCCAAAUGUGUCGAGCUUGCUAAGCAUGUGAAACUAGCAUGCCCACAUCUAAUAUUUUCAGGUCUGAUGACAAUAGGAAUGAAAGACUACUCCUCAACACCAGAAAAUUUUAAGGCACUGGUAGGUUGUAAGAUUGAAGUUUGCAAGGCCCUUGGGAUACCAACUGAACAGUUUGAACUCUCCAUGGGAAUGUCCGGUGACUUUGAGCUAGCUAUAGAGAUGGGCAGCACGAAUGUGAGGAUUGGAUCAACUAUUUUUGGACCAAGAGAGUAUCCAAACAAAAAGCAGAACCAGUGAGAUUCAACACAUAAUCAUCAUCUAAAUAUCCAAUUCUCACAAGUCUGUUCCGUUUGCUCUUAGUCGAUUUUUUACUGCCUUUAUAAGCAUGAUGCCAUACAAAUGCACAUGUGAACAUGUAAUAUAUGCAAAUGUACAACUCCAUACAACACUGUAAAGGAAAAUGAUAUAAUCUUAUAUUGUAUUAUCGAUA